GCUCUUGAGGUGUCUGGAGGCUCAGCGAGCCCCGGACCCAGGAGGCCCAAGGAGCUGGAGGUGACCCUCAGGCAGCAAGAACCCCGCGGAAGGGCGUGAGCCCUGCAGACAGCUGUGCGGCACCUCGGGCUGGGCUCCUGUUAGGAGGAAGUGCCUGCGCCCAGGCAGCGGCUCAGAGGCAGCUGCUCCAUGCAGAACUGAAGCUGGUUCUGCAGCAGAAAGGGGAGAGGACACAGGAGCCUGGGGUGCAGGUGCCUCCCAGCAACGCCAUGGAGGCCAGGAGCCGGAGUGCAGAGGAGCUGAGGCGGGCGGAGUUGGUGGAAAUUAUCGUGGAGACAGAGGCGCAGACCGGGGUCAGCGGCAUCAACGUAGCUGGCGGCGGCAAAGAGGGAAUCUUCGUUCGGGAGCUGCGCGAGGACUCACCGGCCGCCAGGAGCCUCAGCCUGCAGGAAGGGGACCAGCUGCUGAGUGCCCGAGUGUUCUUCGAGAACUUCAAGUACGAGGACGCACUACGCCUGCUGCAAUGCGCCGAGCCUUACAAAGUCUCCUUCUGCCUGAAGCGCACUGUGCCCACCGGGGACCUGGCGCUGCGGCCUGGGACCGUGUCUGGCUACGAGAUCAAGGGCCCGCGGGCCAAGGUGGCCAAGCUGAACAUCCAGAGUCUGUCCCCUGUGAAGAAGAAGAAGAUGGUGCCUGGGGCUCUGGGGGUCCCCGCUGACCUGGCCCCUGUUGACGUCGAGUUCUCCUUUCCCAAGUUCUCCCGCCUGCGCCGAGGCCUCAAAGCUGAGGCUGCCAAGGGUCCUGUCCCGGCCGCCCCUGUCCGCCGGCGCCUCCAGCUGCCUCGGCUGCGUGUACGAGAAGUGGCCGAAGAGGCUCAGGCAGCCCGGCUGGCCGCCGCUGCUCCUCCCCCCAGGAAGGCCAAGGUGGAGGCCGAGGUGGCUGCAGGGGCCCGUUUCACAGCACCUCAGGUGGAGCUGGUUGGGCCCCGGCUGCCAGGGGCCGAGGUGGGUGUCCCCCAGGUCUCAGCCCCCAAGGCUGCCCCCUCUGCAGAGGCAGCUGGUGGCUUUGCCCUCCACCUACCAACCCUUGGGCUCAGAGCCCCGGCUCCGCCUGCUGUGGAGGCCCCAGCCGUGGAGAUCCAGGUCCCCCAGGUGGAGCUGCCUGCCUUACCCUCACUGCCCGCUCUGCCUCCACUUCCCUGCCUAGAGACCCGGGAAGGGGCUGUGUCGGUAGUGGUGCCCACCCUGGAUGUGGCAGCACCGACUGUGGGGGUGGACCUGGCCUUGCCGGGUGCAGAGGUGGAGGCCCGGGGAGAGGCACCUGAGGUGGCCCUGAAGAUGCCCCGCCUUAGUUUCCCCCGAUUUGGGGCUCGAGCAAAGGAAGUUGCUGAGGCCAAGGUAGCCAAGGGCAUCCCUGAGGCCAGGGUGAAAGGUCCCAGACUUCGAAUGCCCACCUUUGGGCUUUCCCUCUUGGAGCCCCGGCCUGCUGCUCCUGAAGUUGUAGAGAGCAAGCUGAAGCUGCCCACCAUCAAGAUGCCCUCCCUUGGCAUCGGAGUGUCAGGGCCUGAGGUCAAGGUGCCCAAGGGACCUGAAGUGAAGCUCCCCAAGGCUCCUGAGGUCAAGCUUCCAAAAGUGCCUGAGGCAGCUCUUCCAGAGGUUCGACUCCCAGAGGUGGAGCUCCCCAAGGUGUCAGAGAUGAAGCUCCCAAAGGUGCCAGAGAUGGCUGUGCCAGAGGUGCGGCUUCCAGAGGUGCAGCUGCCGAAAGUCCCAGAGAUGAAAGUCCCUGAGAUGAAGCUUCCUGAAAUGAAACUCCCUGAAGUGAAACUCCCGAAGGUACCUGAGAUGGCCGUGCCCGAUGUGCACCUCCCAGAGGUGCAGCUGCCGAAAGCCCCAGAGAUGAAACUCCCUAAAAUGCCCGAGAUGGCUGUGCCAGAGGUUCGACUCCCCGAGGUGCAGCUGCCAAAAGUCUCAGAGAUGAAACUCCCCAAGUUGCCUGAGAUGGCCGUGCCCGAUGUACACCUCCCAGAGGUGCAGCUGCCCAAGGUCUCCGAAAUGAAAGUCCCUGACGUGAAGCUCCCGGAGAUAAAACUCCCCAAGGUGCCUGAGAUGGCCGUGCCCGAUGUGCACCUCCCCGAGGUGCAGCUGCCGAAAGUGUCAGAGAUUCGGAUGCCGGAAGUGCAACUACCGAAGGUUCCCGAUGUGCAUCUUCCGAAGGCACCAGAGGUGAAGCUGCCUAGGGCUCCAGAGGUGCAGCUAAAGGCCGCCAAGGCAGAGCAGGCAGAAGGGAUGGAAUUUGGCUUCAAGAUGCCCAAGAUGACCAUGCCCAAGCUAGGGAGGGCAGAGUCCCCGUCACGGGGAAAGCCAGGCGAGGCGGGUGCUGAGGUCUCAGGGAAGCUGGUAACACUUCCCUGUCUGCAGCCAGAGGUGGAUGGUGAGGCUCAUGUGGGUGUCCCCUCUCUCACUCUGCCCUCAGUGGAGCUAGACCUACCAGGAGCCCUUGGCCUGGAGAGGCAGGUCCCAGCCACUGAAAUGGGCAAGGUAGAGCGGGUGGAGGGCCCCGAGGUCAGGGAAGUGGGCUUCCGAGUGCCCUCUGUUGAAAUUGUCACUCCACAGCUGCCCGCUGUGGAAAUUGAGGAAGGGCGGCUGGAGAUGAUGGAGAUGAAAGUCAAGCCCUCUUCCAAGUUCUCCUUACCUAAGUUUGGACUCUCAGGGCCAAAGGUGGCUAAGGCAGAGGCUGAGGGGCCUGGGCGAGCCACCAAGCUGAAGGUAUCCAAGUUUGCCAUCUCACUCCCCAAGGCUCGGGUGGGGGCUGAGGCUGAGGCCAAAGGGGCUGGGGAGGCAGGCCUGCUGCCUGCCCUCGAUCUGUCCAUCCCACAGCUCAGCCUGGAUGCCCACCUGCCCUCAGGCAAGGCAGAGGUGGCAGGGGCCGACCUCAAGGUCAAGGGGCCCAGGUUUGCUCUGCCCAAGUUUGGGGUCAGAGGCCGGGACACUGAGGCAGCAGAACUAGUGCCGGGGAUGGCUGAGUUGGAGGGCAAGGGCUGGGGCUGGGAUGGGAGGGUGAAGAUGCCCAAGCUGAAGAUGCCCUCCUUUGGGCUGGCUCGAGGGAAGGAAGCAGAAGUUCAAGGUGAGCGUGCCAGCCCGGGGGAAAAGGCUGAGUCCACGGCUGUGCAGCUUAAGAUCCCCGAGGUGGAGCUGGUCACACUGGGCGCCCAGGAGGAAGGGAGGGCAGAGGGGGCUGUGGCCGUCAGUGGAAUGCAGCUGUCAGGCCUGAAGGUGUCCACAGCCAGGCAGGUGGUCACCGAGGGCCAUGAGGCGGGGCUGAGGAUGCCUCCGCUGGGCAUCUCCCUGCCCCAGGUGGAGCUGACCGGCUUUGGGGAGGUGGGUACCCCAGGGCAGCAAGCUGAGAGUACGGCCCCUUCAGCAGAGGACACAGCAGGCUGCAGGGUUCAGGUGCCCCAGGUGACCCUGUCUCUGCCUGGAGCCCAGGUUGCAGGUGGGGAACUGUUGGUGGGUGAGGGUGUCUUCAAGAUGCCCACCGUGACAGUGCCCCAGCUUGAGCUGGACGUGGGGCUAAGCCGAGAGGCACAGGCAGGCGAGGUGGCCACAGGCAAGGGUGGGCUGAGGCUGAAGUUGCCCACACUGGGGACCGGAGCUGGGGUGGGGGGCGAGAGUGCUGAGGAGCAGCCCCCAGGGGACGAGCGUACCUUCCGCCUCUCACUGCCCGACGUGGAGCUCUCACCACCCGGGGGCAACCACGCCGAGUACCAGGUGGCAGACGGGGAGGGGGAGGCUGGACACAAGCUCAAGGUACGGCUGCCCCGGUUUGGCCUGGCGUGGGCCAAGGAGGGGGCCGAGGAGGGUGAGAAGGCCAAGAGCCCCAAACUCAGGCUGCCCCGAGUGGGCUUCAGCCAAAGUGAGAUGGUCACUGGGGAAGGCUCCCCCAGCCCCGAGGAGGAGGAGGAGGAAGAGGGCAGUGGGGAAGGGGCCUUGGGGCGCCGGGGCCGGGUCCGGGUCCGCUUGCCACGUGUAGGCCUGGCGGCCCCUUCUAAAACCUCUCGGGGGCAGGAGGGCGAUGCAGCUCCCAAGUCCCCCGUCAGAGAGAAGUCACCCAAGUUCCGCUUCCCCAGGGUGUCCCUAAGCCCCAAGGCCCGGAGUGGGAGUGGGGACCAGGAAGAAGGUGGAUUCCGGGUGCGGCUGCCCAGUGUGGGGUUUUCAGAGACAGGGGCUCCAGGCCCGGCCAGGAUGGAGGGGGCUCAGGCUGCGGCCGUCUGAAGCCCCUGGGCAGAUGGGGAUCCCUUCUUGCCUUCCUUUCUCUACCCCCUCGCUGUUGUGUGUGUGAUAACUAGCACUAACCCUAAGAGGGCUGGGAGGUGGGUGACUGACCAUGGCCGGCGGGGAGGCCUGCUCCUGUCUCUCUGGCAGGAGUGCCUGUACCCCACCAAGCCAUGUGAAUAAAAUAAUCCGGAAGUAGC